AUGGCUACUCAAACUGCAAGACGAACACUAUCAUUGAUGGAACAUUGCAGUGUCAACUUCCCUGUCAAUGGUAUCAUCCCAAUAUACAAAGAGGCCGGUGUCACAUCUGCAACACUACUCAAUUCAUUGAAGAAGAUAUCAAAGCAUAGGAUCAAGAUAGGACAUGGAGGCACACUUGACUUGGAUGCAAGAGGCAUACUCAUUGUAGGACUCGGCGAAUCAUGCAAGGACCUCACAUACUUCUUGCAUGCCGACAAGUCAUACAAUGCAACAUGUUUGUUUGGGAGGGAAACAGAUACAUUAGAUAUAUCUGGCGAUCUUUUGCCAGAGUUCAAACCAUUCGAUCACCUGACGCAUGAGCUGAUCGAGCGACAGAUACAGGAGAAGUUCGUUGGCGACAUUGUACAGACGCCACCCGUUUACUCAGCCAUCAGAAUGGGAGGCAGGCGAAUGUCCGACUGGGCAUUCAAAGGCGCAAGCAUCGUGCCGAUGGCCAGGAAGCUAAAGGUCCACGAUGCUCACUGUACAUUUUUUAAAGCACCAAUAGCAGAGUAUGAGAUGAAUGUAUGCACUGGAUUCUAUGUACGAUCAUACUUGACAGACAUUGCACGAUCACUGGAUACAUAUUGUUACUCUAUCGAUAUUGAACGAACAAAGGUCGGACCAUUCUCACUGGAACACUGUCUGCGCAUCAAUGAAAUCAACGAUGAUUCAUUGUUUGAGACAUCAAUGAAGACAAGACGAUUGCUAAUAGACUAUAUUAAUAGGAACAAAGACAAGUUGGAAGAGUUCCAAAGGCAACAAUCUGAAAGGGCGCGUCGACAGCGUGAGAAUCUACCCAAUCAUGUACUCAAGGCGUUGGUACUGGAGGGUGAUUCGCCAUGCUCAGACGAGCUGCCGCGUCUAAAGAGGAAAUCACAUGCAUUCAUAAAGCCAAGGUUUCGCGACAAUGACAAAGAAAGGAAACAAGUAAACAUACAACAAGAAGAAGUUGUGAUC